UUCCCGGAGGUGCAGUGGGGACGCAGGCCCCACCGAUUCAACAGAGCCGCACAAAGAGGCACUUCCUAAUAAUAAAGCCCUGUUUGGAGGUUAUUUUCAUGGAGGACUACCCUUAAAACAUAUGGAGAGUCAAGAGGAAAAGCCAGUCAUCUAUACCAUGGAAAACAAGCCGAUUGUAACAUGUGCUGGAGACCAGAGCUUGUUCACGUCGCUCUUCACCUCAUUGGCUCAGCAGCUUCCCAGGGAGCCAAUGGAGUGGAGAAGGACUUACGGCCGCGCACCAAAAAUGAUCCACCUUGAAGCUAAUUUUGUCCAGUUUAAGGAGGAGCUGCUCCCCAAGGAGGGCAACAAGGCUCUUCUCACGUUCCCCUUCCUCCACAUCUACUGGACCGACUGCUGUGACACGGAAACGUACAAGAGCUCAGUGAAGGAGGACAUGAUGCGCUGGCAGAACACGCUGCGGAGUCACAGCUCGGCGGACUGGGUCAUCAUAGCCGUGGAAACCAACGACACCAAGAAGAAGAACAAGCCCAACAUCCUGCCUCGCUCGUCCAUCGUGGACAAGAUCCGCAGCGACUUCUGCAACAAGCAGAACGACAGGUGCGUGGUUCUGUCGGACCCUCUGAAGGACUCGUCCCGGUCCCUGGAGUCCUGGAAUUCCCUGCUGUUGAAGCUGCGCACUCUCCUCCUCAUGUCGUUCACCAAAAACCUCGGGCGGUUUGAAGACGACAUGCGUACGCUCCGAGAGAAACGCACUCAGCCCGGCUGGAGCUUCUGUGAAUAUUUCAUGGUUCAGGAGGAGCUGGCCUUUGUUUUUGAGAUGCUGCAGCAGUUUGAAGACGCCUUGGUCCAGUAUGAUGAACUAGACGCUCUUUUCACUCAGUACGUCCUGAACUUCGGCGCAGGAGCAGACACGGCCAACUGGCUGGGGUCGUUCUGCGCCCCGGUGCGCAACUGGAGCGGCCUGCUGCUGCGGCGGCCCAUCGACAUGGAGAAGAGGGACAGCAUCCAGCGCGGAGAGGCCAGCCUGUUGGACCUGAGGAGCUACCUGUUCUCUCGGCAAUGCACUUUACUGAUCUUCCUGCAGAGACCCUGGGAGGUCACGCAGAGAGCCUUAGAGCUGCUCCACAACUGCGUGCAGGAACUGCGCCUGCUGGAGGUGUCUGUGAUAGACGGGGCGCUGGACUGCUGGGUGUUUCUCAGCUGCUUGGAGGUUCUGCACCGGAUCGAGGGCUGCUGUGAUCAGGCACAGCUAGCUGCCAACUGCUCCCAUACUGUCGGACUCUGGGCCUACGCUACAGACAAGCUGAAGAGUUUGGGUGAACUCUGCGGCCUGGUUUCAAAAAACGGGCCGACGUCCGAGGACCUGAACAGGACCGUGGAUCUGCUGGCAGGACUCGGGGAUGAGAGGCCAGAAACUGUCAACAGCUUGCAGAGUCCUUACAAAAAGCUGAAAGAAGCCUUGUCGUCCGUCGAGGCUUUCGAAAGGCACUAUCUCGAACUUUCUCAUGCUGCUAUGGAAAUGUACCAGGCCAUCGGCCGGCUGCGGUCCGCCAGGCUGGUGGGGAAGAGCCUGGCUGAGUUCUACAUGAGGAAGGGAGACCCUGAGCGGGCGGAAACCUUUCUGCAGGAAGCUUUGAAGUCGUACGCAUCGGAGGGAUGGAGUCUUCCUGUGACGCACACCAGGAAGCAGAUCGCUGAGUGUCAGAAACUGCUGGGCAGAACUGAAGACUACUUGCAAACCAGUGCCUUGCUGGCCGGUGAUGUGAAUCUCUCCACGGAGGAGAGGAAGCACUUUUGUCAGGAAAUUCUCACUUUUGCUGGCAGGUCCGGAAACCAAUCUCACAAAGUGACUCUCAGCAUGAAUGUCUUUGCUCAGCUAACGCGGCUACAGUUCCACCCAGCGGCCGCUUCGGUUCACUCCGGAGCCGUGCUGCAGGUGGAGCUCACUCUGAGGUGCCUGAUGCCCGUUUCAGUGCGCAUUCAGCAGCUGGCUGCUAGCAUUCACUUUGACAUCGAUCACGGAGGGACUCACGGGAGGUCCAAGGGGACACUGAGGAACUCAAACCAAGGGACAAUAGAGUUUAAACAGGGCAACUCAUCAGCAGGCCCGCCCUCCUCCGCGGCUGCUGGUCCCACGCUAGAAAUGGACGAGAUUCAGGACAGGAGUCCCUCGGACAAUUCUCUCAACUCCGUAGGAGUGGUGUGCAAAAACACCCACCUGAUCAUUCGCCGCCGUGAAAACGGCUCGCCGCCGGAGACGUCCAACUGUGUCAGCCCGCCUGCUGUGGCCAUGAAGGAAGGAGGACAGAUGCUGAAGGUGCAGAAUGUCACGUUAGAGCCCGGAAACAACAGCAUCACCUUGACAGCACCCAGUGGACAGCCGGGAACUUACAUGUUACGGCAGCUGUGCGCCACUGUGGGUGAAGUGCAGUUUGUGCUGUCUCAUAUCUACCCAUCGGUCCGAUAUGAAGUAUAUUCUCAGGAGCCCCAGCUCACCGUGGAGCCACUUUCAGAGCCUCUGUUGGCGGGGAUGGCUCAGUUGGUGAAAUUCACCCUGCUGACAGGUCACUACACUGUGAAGAAAGGAGACGCUCUGCAGCUCAGCAACACGGAAACCAUGCCCAUCCUGCCCUCCUCCAGCUGCACGGCCCGCAUCAGCAGCCCAGAGGCUGAGUUGGUGGGUGAAAGCGUCUUGUCCAUCCAGUCGUCUGAAAAGGUGACGAGCAUCAGCCUACCUCCCACCCCGCCCUACCACGUUCUGGAGUUCCAGCUCGAGGUUUUGUGCAUCAUCCCGUCCGGGUCCGAGCGGCCGGCCAACGAGAGGCUGACCAACGGGGAGGUGCGCCAUCGACCUCGCAGCUACAGUCAUCCCGACACACCCAUGACCGCCAUUGACCAAAGGAUGUCUAUCGACUGUCCAUGGUCGAUCUACUCCACCCUGCUCGCCCUUACCUUCUACAUCCCCUUCAAGACCAAACACUCACUCCUUUCCGCUGGCAACAGAAAGUACAUCCAGGUGUGUGUGCAGAACGUGUCAGAUAUGAACUUCACCCUGGCAGACAUGAAACUGACAGAGAAGCAACACUCAUCGUUGGAACUACAAUCCUUUAACACUAAAACAAAUCAGCUUCUGUGCAGCAAGCACAGCGUGUUCUGCUUGUGGGAGGUGAGGUGGAAGGACGAUCUGCCCUCGUGUCUACAGUGUGUUUUCUCUGCCAACUUCAGUCCGCCUAACCAAGACAGCUCUGCCUUCAAACCGUUCCACUACCAGUUCCAGCUGGAGAGAGUCACUACAUUGUACAGCGUGAGAGCGGAGAUCCUGCCCCCCGCGGGGGAGCAGCACUGCCGCUCCGGUUUGGUCUGCGAGCUGGAGGUGUGUAUAACACGACUGACUGAGCCCUCAGAGGGAGAGGUAGCCGAGGACAGCAAGACUGACACGGAUGGACUCAAAACCACCAGGCUUAUGUAUGAAGUGGCCGACAGCAGCAGCAACUGGGCCGUGUGUGGGAAGAGUUCAGGGAUGGUGCUGAUGCCUCUCAGGGUCAACGCCGCCCACAAGGUGCAGAUCGAGGUCAUGCCCCUGUUCGCUGGCCACCUGCCCUUCCCCAAAAUCAAAGUCCUCAAGUACCUCCCUCACAACGCUGCGGCGGCCAUCCAGCCGGACCCCGACAGCUGCGUGGAGAACGACAGCCUGUCCCUGCUGGACAAGGCGCUGGACGACCAGGGGGACACGGCGAGCAUCCGCAGCCGCGGCAGCGUCCACUCGGUGGGCAGCAGCGACCAGCAGCAGAGGGGCGUGGCCAUGCCGCGCCUGGAGCCCUUCAGUCCGGGACAGGUGUUCAACAACAGCCACUCGCAGCAGGUGCUGGUGCUGCCCACCGCCGACGACCACAUCAUGGAGGUCAACGCCACAUGACCCUGGGGGUGAAGACUCCUUCCUGUCAUCUCUGGACGAACUCGUCUGAGCCUCCGGAGCUUGUCCGGGCCUGGGUCCGCGCCGAACGCCGCCGACGCAGACUCUCUCCCCACCUCCCCCCCCUUUCCGUCUACGCAUGAAACGUUCACUUCACUGGAAACACGACGGACUGCACAGUGAAGAGCCAACGCCACCCGACGACGAGUUGAAAUAAAAUCGUGCUCCUUGCCAUACUUUGUACAUAUCUCAUUGAAUGGAUUUAUAGAUAUAAAUAUAUAAAUAUAUAUAUGAACUGGAGAAUCAAAUCUGCGCCUGUCGUGCUAUUUUGAACUAAAGGAAAAUAAUCCUGAUCGUCUCAUGUCGCACCAAAGCUCUCGAUGUUUGUACGCCAUGAUCUGCUACUGAAGUACCGUCACGCUGAGUGGGCGUGGCCUGCUAGAAGUGCCGCUCUGGACCUCUUUUUGGCUUUAUGUGUGUUUGAGAUAUUUGCCUCCAUCGCUACAAUUAAGUUAAAAUAUUUCUUUUCUCAUCCUCGCCGACUCUUCUGCUCCACUACUCUCAAGUGUUUCCUCAUCACGUACCUUAAAGCGGGAGAAUAAGAUUUAGGAUUACGCCCCUGAGCGAUUAUUAUGAGUAAUAACAGUAAAGAGACAGCGCCUCGUACUGAAUAUUUUUUAAAAAAACACGUUGUGGAAGUUACGCAGUUAAAUUUAUGUCCAUUUUGAGUAAAUACUGCUAUAUUUCUAGCUGAUGUUCCAUUAAAAUAAGUCAUUCUCAUUUAACUAAUGAUAAUAAAUGAGAGGGGAAAAAGGCUGAGUUUGAACUUUUAAAAAUAAAACAAAUAUUCCAAGUUCAGUUUGUAGUGUUCAAAAGUUAGUUUUUAAAUACCCCUGAGAAUUCUGUGACAUUUUCUUUUCUACUAAAUUAAGCUAAAAAUCAACUCAAAAGUCUCUCAUUUAAACCCAGUGAGAAAAUAAGAAGCUUAGACUGAUGAGGCGGUGUGUGUUUUUCUUGCUUUGCUGUGGCUCUGUGUCUCUGUAGGUGUGUGUGUGUGUGUGAGUGAUCAGGGCAGACUUCUACAGCGGGAUCAGCCAGCGGGCGGUACAGUCGGUCUUCAUGUGCAUAUUUAUUUGCUGUGUGCACAUGCGCGUGUCGCUGAACCUGUCCUAUGCACACAUGCUGCUGAUCCGCGAUGAUCUAAUGAGAGAAAUGGGGAACUCUACGAUUUGUUUUCUUCUUUUCUUUUCUUUUUUUGGGGAAAGAAUGAAUGUCAGCGACUUCCGCCCUGCCCCUCGACCCUCUGCUGUAUUCUGACCUCUGUACAUACUGAUCUGUACAUAAUGAUUGAAAUUAAAAAGGAUAUUUGAUGCCAACUGUA